GUUCUUAUGUAUUACUUCACAGAGAGAUAUGGUGUAGAACGAUUUCGAACCAUGACAGAACCAUUUGCAGACUUGGAGGAUGGCUUCGGAUACCUCUCCCUGGCAAAAUCCUGCCAAGCGAUGAGAAUCCCGGAUAAAGAUAAGACAGGGAAAUGCCGAACCGUGGCUGAUUUUGAGAAGCUGGACAAACUCGGGGAAGGAACAUAUGGCGUUGUUUAUAAAGCAAGAGAUCGGUCAACCAACGAGAUCGUGGCAAUGAAGAGGAUCAAAAUCAGCAAACCUUCCGAUGGGCUUCCGGUGCACGCGCUGCGCGAAAUUGCGCUAUUGUUGAAAUACAGUCAACACACGAACAUCGUGAAUGUACGGGAGGUCGUCAUCAACAGCAAAUGCUUGCACAUAUUUUUCAUGGUCAUGGAGUAUUGCGACGACGAUCUCUGUAACAUAGUGGGUGAACUAAGGCGUCCCUUGCCCGAGAAACAGGUGAAGUUCGUGCUGCAGCAAUUGUUGAGCGGUUUGGCGUAUUUGCAUCGGCACUUCAUCGUUCAUCGGGACGUGAAGCUUUCGAAUCUGCUUAUGUCAGGCGCGGGCGUCAUCAAGCUUGCUGAUUUUGGUCUCGCAAGGAAGUAUUGCAUGCCUGCUGAAGCAGAACUGACGCCCGGAGUCGUAACACGUUAUUACCGCGCCCCGGAAAUACUCUUCGGUGCGAAGACGCAGACGACGGCGGUGGAUAUGUGGGCAACUGCGUGCGUGUUCGGCGAAUUGCUGCUGAAUGGACCGAUCUUGCCGGGGAAGUCCGACGCCCAUCAAGUGGAGCUCAUCAUCGAGUUGUUGGGCACUCCGAGCGAGGCGAUUUGGCCAGGCAUGUCGAACUUGCCAGCCAUGACGAAUUUCAAGCUUGCAUCCCAGCCGUACAACAACUUGAAGUCCGUUUUGCCGCGACUCAGUGAUUCUGGACUGCGCCUGCUCAACCUGCUGUUCAUGUAUGACCCCGUUAAAAGGGGAACUGCUGAGGAUGCAUUAGCCAGCGGUUACUUCACUGAAAACCCGCCGCCGUGUUCGCCAAUGGAAAUGCGCGACUAUUGCGCGAAGAACUGUGUUGGAAGACCAUUUAGCGCUGCAGCUGCUGUACGAAAUGUAUCAGCGGAUGGCGUUGCAAUGAUCAACACGGUGAAAUCCAAUUUCCGCUAG